UGUAAGUUCAACCUCUGUGUUCUGCAGUUUAGCAGAUGCCCUGAAAUAGGUGAGCUGGCUUGGUUAGAGUAAGGUGGGGUUAAAGCAAAAUGAAAGAAAAUGGAAGGAGACAGUUGAAGGCAAACCUUUGGAGAAUGAUCUAUUCAAAGGACAGAAGAAUUUGUGGGUUUUUUCAGAUAGCUGUGCUCAUCAAAACAUUAUAGCUCCUAAGCCAUGUUUUGCAGACAGAUGACACACUGGGGUGAAUAUUAUGAGGUGGAGACAAGUAAGACUCAAGUAAGGAAGAUAAAUAACUUUUGGUCCUGACUGGAUGCAGGCACUUGUCUGACCAUAUUGUCUGUCAUAAAUCUACUUUUGAUGAAAAAAGAUCACAUAAGUUUUAUUCUUAAAGAGGAUUAAUGAUAUCAGGCUUAAGUUUUGUAUGCUCUUCCCUUGUGUCCCCUCCAUGGUGUGCUGUGAUUAUCCUGUUAGUGUUUGUACACUGUUACUUAUAGGCCUCGUCUAUAUGAGAAUCUAACAAGUUUUCAUACUGAUGAAAGCACAGAAGUAAGGCUUUGUAGCUUUUUGACCUUUCAGUGGACUGGUAGGUACAUUAAAAAAUACUUACUGGACUUUGAAAAGAGAAGCUAUUCUAUGCCCAGAGACAAUUACUAGUAACCUUUAUCCUAAUAAUUUUGACACUGCCCAAGAAUAUAAACUUCUGACUGCAGUGAACCUAAGCAUAACUUCCCACGCUGUGUGGGAUGUACUGCUAGAGGUGGGUCAUUCGCUGGGCGAAUGUAGUGUGGCAUUUACUGAUCAGAAAACGCAUUGCAUCCAUCACGCUUCAUAGCCGAUCUUCUGCAACUGCAUGACAUAAAUGCAUGACCAUGCGCUCCUCAGUUAGUUACUAUGUUUUAUUUGCUUACCAGAUGCUAAUGUGACAACUUCUCAGUGCACACAUGGCUGAAUAUUAACUUCAAAGAUCAAACAGUGACUCUCCAGCUCAGUUUUGUUGAAUGUUAGAUACAGUUCAGUCGGUCGCCUUGUAUGGGAACUAAAAAAAUAUGCAAGGAAAGGAUGUGACUUAAAAUGAAUUCUAAUUCUGAAGGUCCUCUGAAAAAUAUGCAGUGCUUGAAUGUUUGCUAAGGACUACUGCUGAUGCAAGGUCAAGAUGAGUGGAUUAGGAGAAAACUCCUUAGAUAGUUUGACUAAUGAGUCAAGGAAGCGCAAGCCAUUGCCCUGUGAUACACAAGGUGCAAGUCUGGUCUGCAGUGGUGAGAAGCGUCGACGUGAGCAGGAAAGCAAAUACAUUGAAGAACUGGCUGAGCUGAUAUCUGCUAAUCUGAGUGACAUUGACAAUUUCAAUGUCAAACCAGACAAAUGUGCUAUCUUAAAAGAAACUGUGAGACAAAUUCGACAAAUAAAAGAGCAAGGAAAAGCAGUUUCUAAUGAUGAUGAUGUUCAGAAAGCUGAUGUAUCAUCCACGGGUCAAGGAGUUAUUGACAAGGAUUCAUUGGGACCUCUUUUAUUACAGGCAUUGGAUGGCUUCCUCUUUGUUGUAAAUCGAGAUGGGAACAUAGUAUUUGUAUCAGAAAAUGUCACACAGUAUCUGCAGUAUAAACAAGAAGAUUUGGUUAAUACAAGUGUGUAUGGUAUCUUGCAUGAAGAGGACCGGAAGGACUUCCUUAAAAACUUACCUAAAUCUUCAGUUAAUGGAGUUUCUUGGAGUAAUGAAGCACCUAGACAGAAGAGCCAUACAUUCAAUUGCCGGAUGAUGGUGAAAAGCUCUCAUGACCUCUUUGAAGAUGUAGGUGGCUACCAGGAUAUUCGUCAAAGAUAUGAAACUAUGCAGUGCUUCGCUUUAUCACAGCCAAGGGCUAUGAUGGAAGAGGGGGAAGAUUUGCAAUCCUGCAUGAUUUGUGUGGCACGUCGUAUUACAACUGCAGAAAGGGUAUUUCCAGCAAAUGCAGAGAGCUUUAUUACAAGACAUGAUCUUUCAGGCAAACUUGUCAACAUUGAUACAAACUCAUUACGAUCUUCCAUGAGACCUGGCUUUGAAGAUAUAAUUCGUCGCUGUAUUCAGAGGUUCUUAUGCCACAAUGAUGGGCAGUCAUGGUCAAAUAAACGCCACUAUCAUGAAGCUUAUACACAAGGUCAUGCCGAAACCCCAUUGUAUAGAUUUUCUUUAGCGGAUGGUACAAUAGUGACAGCACAAACAAAGAGUAAACUGUUUAGAAAUCCUGUGACUAAUGACCGCCAUGGAUUUGUCUCUACCCACUUCCUUCAAAGAGAACAAAAUGGAUAUCGACCAAAUCCUAAUUCUGUUGGGCAAAACAUCAGAACAACUGUGACUGGAAACACAAAUUCUGUUAACGGUCUUAUGAACAUGUCACCUGGUCAAGCCAUGCCAAUGCAGAACAGAAACUAUGGGAUGGGAGAUCCCAAUGCAGUGGGUCAGCUCACCAGCGCUCGAUUUGGAAGCCCUGGGAAUAUGGGGCCAGUGAACUCUGGAACUGGCAUGCAGUCCUCUGCUUAUCAGAGUAACAGUUUUGGGUUAAAUAUAAGCAGCCCACCACAUGGCAGUCCUGGCUUAACUUCCAGCCAACAGAAUCUAAUCGUAUCUCCUAGGAAUCGAGGGAGUCCAAAAAUGAGUUCACACCAAUAUUCUCCAGUUACAGGUAUGCACUCGCCUAUGGGAUCUGCCAGCAACACUAGCAACAGCACUUUUUCUAGCAGUUCUCUUAGUGCUCUGCAAGCCAUUAGUGAGGGUGUUGGAAAUUCCCUUUUAUCAACACUUUCUUCACCGGGUCCAAAAUUGGAUAAUUCCCCAAACAUUAGCGUAACUCAGCAAAUUAAAACAAGUAUCCAGGACUCCAAAAGCCCUUCUGGUUUGUAUUGUGAACACAACCAAGUGGAAAGUUCCAUCUGUCAGUCCAACAGCAGAGAUCUCUUUAGUGAAAAAGAUAGUAAAGAGGGAAAUCAGGAGGCAUCUGAAAGUCAGAGGGGACCAUCUGAGAGCAAAGGGCAUAAAAAACUCCUUCAGCUACUUACGUGCUCCUCAGAUGAAAGAGGACAUUCUACAGCAUCAAACUCACCUUUAGACUCAAAUUGUAAAGAAUCUUCUGCCAGCGUUACCAGUCCUUCAGGAGUUUCCUCAUCAACAUCUGCAGGGGUAUCUUCCUCCUCAAACAUGCAUGGGUCGCUCCUGCAAGAGAAGCACAGGAUUUUACAUAAAUUGUUGCAGAAUGGUAAUUCUCCAGCAGAGGUGGCCAAGAUCACAGCUGAAGCUACUGGUAAAGACACAUAUCACGAUGCUAGUAACACAACCUCCUGUGGAGAAGACACUGUCAAACAGGAACAACUAAGUCCAAAGAAGAAAGAAAACAAUGCUUUACUAAGAUAUCUACUAGAUAAAGAUGAUAUUAAGGAACCGCUUUCCAAAGAGCUGAAGCCUAAAGUAGAAAGUGUGGAUAAUAAGAUGGGACAAUGCACGCGUUCUGCAAUUCCCACUUCGAGUCAAGAAAAAGAGAUGAAAAUAAAAAUGGAGCCAGCAGAGGAGAUGAAUGGAGACUUGGAUAAUUUGGAUGCAAUUCUAGGUGAUCUUACUAGUUCAGAGUUUUACAAUAAUGCUAUCUCUGCAAAUGGAAAUAACCCUGGAACAAAGCAAGCAUUAUUUCAAGGAAAUGCCCUGUUGGGGCAAUGGAUUGCUGAGAUAAGCAAAGGAGGUGAAGCAUGGAUAAUGAAAAAUAUAAAACCAGGUGUGAAGAGUCCCCAGUCUGUGCAGACUACUCGCCCACCUUUUAACAGAGCCAUGUCUUUAGACAGCCCUGUGGGCUCAGGUGCUUCAGUGAGGAAUGUCAAUGCAUUCUCCAUGUUACAAAAGCAAAACUUGAUGGGUGGAAGUCCAAGAAUGAUUGAAAACCAAGAAAAUUUUGGAGCAAAUCUGGCAAGUGCUCCCCACAGAAAUGUGGCGAUGAAUCAGCAUCAGCCAGGAGACUGGGGUUUGCCAAACUCCAAAGUGAAUGGAUUGGAAUCUGCAAGUUCUGCUGCAAUGUUGAGACCAGGAGCUGAAUUUAGGACAGCUCUUCCGAGGCCCCCAGAGGCUGUCUCUGUGUCUGGGCUGCCUGUUCGCUCUAACAGCAUACAUGGUAAUAGGGCAAUGCUGCAACAGCAAAUGAUUCACAUGAGGCCGAAUGAGAUAAACAUUGACAUGGGAGGUAAUCCCUAUGGACAGCCUGGACCUUCUAACCAACCUGGAUUGUGGCCUGACAAUAUGAUGUCCAUGGAGGAAGCGUCACGGGGUUCACAAAACAGACAAUUAGUUAGAAGCUCUUUGGAUGAUCUCUUAUGUUCGGCACCAAAUGUGGAAGGCCAGAAUGAUGAAAGGGCACUUCUAGAUCAGCUACACACACUAUUGAGUAAUACAGAUGUCACAAGUCUGGAAGAAAUUGACAGAGCAUUAGGAAUUCCUGAUCUUGUAAACCAAGGACAAGCUUUGGAACCCAAACAAGAUUCAUUUCAAGGUCAGGAAUCUUCAGUUAUGAUUGACCAGAAGCCUUUGUUAUAUGGUCAACCCUAUCAAGGGCAAGGGGCAGCAAUGCCAGGAAGUUUUAGUAACAUCCAGGGACAACAGCCGUCUUUUAAUUCAUUGAUGAAUCAGAUGAGCCAACCGAGCAAUUUUCCUCUGCAAAGUAUCCAUCCCCGAGCACAUGUGAUGAGACCUAGGACCAACACACCAAAGCAGCUACGCAUGCAGCUCCAGCAGAGGCUCCAGGGACAGCAGUUUAUGAAUCAGACCCGUCAAAGUCUUGAAAUAAAAAUGGAAAAUCCAGUCAGUGGUACUAACUCAGUGAUGAGACCAGUUAUGCAGCCACAGGUGGGAUCCCAGCAGCAAGGUUUUCUUAAUGCUCAAAUGGUGGCUCAGCGUAACAGGGAACUAAUAAGUCACCAUUUUAGACAACAGAGGAUGGCAAUGAUGAUGCAGCAGCAACAGCAACCUCAGGCCUUCAGUCCACCACCAAAUGUGACAGCCUCAGGAAGCAUGGAUAGUGCUUUGACAGGCCCUCCAAUGGCUCAAGUUCCUUCACCGCAAUUCCCCUAUCCACCUAAUUAUGGAAUAAGCCAACAACCCGAUCCUGCAUUUAGUAGAGUAUCAAGCCCUCCCAAUCCAAUGGUAUCAUCAAGAAUUGGACCCUCCCAGAAUCCUAUGCUGCAGCAUCCUCAGUCAGCAACAAUGUACCAGUCCUCAGAGAUGAAGGGCUGGCCCUCAGGAAGCAUCCCCAGAAACAGUUCUUUUCCCCAGCAGCAGUUCAGCCAUCAAGGUAGCCCAGCAGCAUACAGUAUGAUGCACAUGAAUGGCAGCAGUGGCCAUAUUGGACAGAUGAGUAUUAAUACCAUGCCUAUGUCAGGACUGCCUAUGGGUCCAGACCAGGUAAGUUGUACAUCAAGACUGAUGAAAAGAUUUGCUGACUCUUUUUCUAUUGAGUACAGUCUGCUUACAUCCAUUCCUCCUGCACAAUCCUGUUCUCAGUUAUCCUGUUUGUAUCUGUGGGCCUAUUAAUUUUAUGUCCUAAGAGAUACUUUCUUUUUGAUGAUACAUAAGCAAAUUCACAAUGAGGCCAAGCUGUAUGCUGGGAUUAGCUGUUGACUUUGAAGUAUCAUGGAUAGGACCAAGCCUUAAACUGCACAAAGGAUGAUGAAAUACUUCUGAACCUGGAGAAACCCCAGAAAAAAAUCCAUGGACAUUGUGAAAUGCAUCUUCAGCAGAUCUGGAAAACUACAUGUAAUAGCUCUUACAAGAAAGGCUAAGAAUCCUGCUAGUGCAGUAUCCUUCUCGUAGACACUGAUAAUGAUACUUGCCCUUACAAUACCUUAGAAUAACUUGUGUAUGCAUAGCCAGAAACAAUGGAAAAUUUAGACCCCUCAUUUAAGGUGAAAAUGUGCUAAUAACAGGCACUGAAAAGAAAGCUGAAAUACAAAAUACACUUUUGCUACAGUCUUUACACAAAAUGCCUCAUGAGCAACAUAAUACUGACAUAAGCUAAAUCUAUUCAAGUAAAAAGUAUCUCAUGAAAUUUUGAGCAGCAUGCCUGAGGAAGGAGUCAGAAUAAUGAGGACUUCUGGGGGUUAGUAAAGUUUUGGAGGACUUUGAUACAAUGAAUGCCUUUUAUAAGUAGGAGAAUAUAAAGGUGAAAUGUCAGAUUUUCCAAAUCUAUAUGACAUAAAGAUACCCAAAUAGUGUGUUUAGGAAAUUCUAGGACAGCAUUUAUCUUCUAGAAAUUUAUUUUCAAAGUGGAGCACUAAAAAGCUCUUCUGCUUCUAGGCAUUGAUUGGCAGUAGUUCCUUCUUCCAAAUGCAGAACAUAAACCAUUUCUUUCAGCAAAGAUAUCUUCUCUGAUGAAAGUAUCUUCUCUUUAACAGAAAUACUGCUGACAUCUAGAACCACAUCUUCAAACAAGAAUGGUUGAAUGCACUAGUGUUAUAAAGGAAAGUGACGCAUUCUUCAUGGCAAGUCAUGCUGGGCUUAACAGAAACCAGUGAUAAAUUUCCUCAUCCAGAGGAAAACAAACCAAAAAAAAAACCCUACCCAAGAAAAAUACAUUUUAGUAGAAGCACCCUAUGAAUUACUGUAUGAUGUGGGCUACGAAAAAAAUGUCAUUAAUAUUUUUGGAACUCUGCUUCUAGGAAUGUGAAUUUGGUAAUGCCAUUUUAAUAGAUUUGAUGAGUAGACUCCUGGAAUCCCUUAUCUGUUUACUGUAGCUAUCCAAAGCCCUUUAGCCCAGGCAGACAAAAGUGCCUGGAGAAGUCACAGUGGUAAGAAUUUCCUGAUUUCUCUUUUAACAAUAUCUGACAGAGAAUGUAGUUCUUAGCCUUCACUCUUUUAUAAGAAUCCCUGAAUAGAAAUGCUGCUUUUAGUCUCUUAUCCCAAGAGUCAGGGAUUUCCCAAGCAAAGCAGCAGUGCAAAAUUAUUUGGCACAUGCUAGUCCAAAAUCCUGUCUGUUGAAGCCAAGGGUAGAAAAGAGAGGAUAAACAACUUAAAUUAUUUAAACACAAUUGUGACUAAUAUUUAGAUAUUGCUGUGCAGCUGAGUGCACUUUAUAGAGGACUAUAUAAUGGAUUAAUGCAAUGUCUUUGAUAAGGACAUAAUAUGAAGGUAGGGUGUACUCAUAUUCCUUCACAAACACAAUCUCUUAAGAAUUAUUUGAAAAGACUGCAUAAUGUAAUGUUUUCUGUGUAUGGAAAUUAGAGCAAUAAUCUUUCAUCUUUUUUUGAAAAAAGCUUCAGAAAACUCAAGGCAAGAUGCUGCAGCCAGAAUCAGAAUUUUGCAGUCUUUUUUUGUGAAUAAAUUUUGUAAAUAUGAUCUUUAAAAUAAUGUAUUAUAUAUAUGACUUUUAUAGGUCACUAACUCAUUUUUGCAGAGUUUGUGAAACUAAAUGUUUAACAAAAUUGAUUCUGGAAACUGAGUGUAGUUGAGGUCCAAAUUUUUUUUUUUUUAAUUACAUUUAAGGAUUUUGAAGCUGGGUGACUUUGGCCCACAUAUUUCUCUUCUUUGGUCUUCAACACUUCAUUUAUUUUUACAUGUUUAACAUAGAGCUUUUUAUAAAAAAAUAGACUGGUUGUUGAAUACUUUCUCCACCUCCAAGCACUUUUGUUACAUUUCUUUUUACCUAAGGCAGUUUGACACGAAGGCUCUGCUUUGUAAGAUCUUACAAUUUGUCAGGAUAGACCUGUCUGUCUAUAAUAGGUUGCCUUUUCAGCUGAUGAAUCUGGAUUGUGUCUUUUUGGUCAAUUUUAAUGAACUCUAAAUGUUCUUUGAAAAUGUUUGUCUGUUGCAAAAUACUUGUUUUUAUGUUACAUCCAGAAAUCUUUAAGGAUCUUAAGCCACAUUUUAACCAAAUGUCUACACCUCAUUGGAUUAUUCUAAUAGUAACGAAUGUAUUUUCUAAGCAGAUUUCUGUCAUAGCAGUAUUUAAGUGUUGUUACAUAUUCUUUGCUGAUGGCACUGGGGGAUUUUCCCCCCUCCAUUUUGGGUGCUUGAAAUGAAGAUCCCUUUGCACUUUUUGCAUUUACAAGGAAUUAAACCGCGAAACCUUCCUAAGGGAUGACCCAGAAAUGUUUAAGAUGUGUGGUGCUUCUGUUACGUUGUUCAUUGUGUAAUGGAAAACCGAUUUCUCCCAACUGAGUAAAAGAAACCAAAAAUCCCCUGACCUGUGUUAUUUUUUCCUUAUUCUUGGUACUGUUAGCAAGAUGAGGUUUUAUUGUUCAGACUAUUCAGUGAUUUUCCAUUUUAAUAGAAGUAAUUUUCACUAGAAAUAUUCUCAUAAAUUCAUCCUUAGCACCUAGCCAGCUGUGUUUCAAAGAGAAUGUAGAGUCAAUUGUGCUACUUCAUGUAACCCUGUCUCUUCCACUAGUCCUGAGUAUAUAGAUUAUCACAGCACUUGGAAUUUUCAGUCCGAUUAAUGUGUGUUUAUAAUGCAAAACUUUUAAAAGCCUAAGAAACUUUUAUCUUUUCAUUUCUUGGAUCAUAUCUAUUUGUUGAGUAAGUGCUGCUUACUGAGGGCAAAAGGCAACAGUCCCUUGCAUUUUAUAUCAAAUCAGAAUAGAACAAUAUUUAUAUUUUGUAGUUGGUCAUUAUACUGAUGGAAACUACAAAAACCAGUUGCUUUCAUUAGGUGAGCUCUUAGACUAUAUACUGCUAUAUACAUCUUGCAGUACAAUUUUUUUUUAAAUUAGUAAUUCUAUUUAUGCAUGUAUGUAUAACUGGUACCUACCUGACUGGCAUUAUAAAAGCUCAUCCUUUUCUCAUAGGUUUAGCAUGCUGGAGCUUUCCAGUACCUACUUUUUUUUUCCUGAAUUAAAAGAUGUUUAGUUUAAACUUGAUGAAGGGGCAGGGGGCAUUUUUAAAAUGCAUUGACAGCGUAUUUCGUGGCAGCACCAAAUAGUACAUCUGGUUUGAAAUCUGUUGACAUUUAGUUACCACCAUCAAUUUUGCUUUGGUCCUAUAGCAGUACAUUUUUGUGGAUGUUUUUUAAAAUAAUACCCACAUAAGAUUAUUCAGCAGUAAGAGAUGAAUUAGCUAGUACAGCAACCUCUGAUCACUGCUGCAUAAAUGAGCAUUGUUUUGCUAUGUCUCUGUUACUUUUUUGAUCACAUGUGUUUAUUAAACUUCCGUGUAGUGCACUUUUUUUCCUUGGCCUAUAAUACCGCUUCUGAAGUGAGAAAUUCAGACCACGUUUUUGUCACAAGACGAAACUUCCUUGAAUGUUGCACCAGUUAGCACACCUUUUAUUAUAGAAUUUAUGUGCAGACCACCAGAUGACAGAAUGAUACAGCAAGUGUGAAACUAUGUAAAUCUGAGAGCAAUGUUUUAAAAAAAUUCUCAGGAGAAGGCAUACGGUAUUGAGAACUGAAUCUAAGCUUAGUUUACAUUACAAGUAUUGCUUGAAAUAUCUGUAUCUUUAUUUUGCAAAACAGAGAAAUCAUAGGGACUGAUUUAUAAAAGGGUUGGUUGUAAGGUGUUACUGCCCUUCUGGGUUUUGUGUUUGGAUGUUAAUAAUAAUGUAAAUAAAGGUUUCUAUUUAUAAUUACAA